AUGGAUGCAGUAUAUCCGGUAUAUUCAUCGUUGGUAUCUUCAUUCCGGUAUCGUGCCUCUUCUGCUGGGCCAGUGGUGGCUGCCGUCGAUCGAAAAGUCGUCGUUUUUCAUUCUUCCAAAGCUUUUCUAGUCGUCGGCGAAGUCGAAGUCGGCGUGGCACGGGAAACGACGAAGAGCGAAGCAGUUUGUACCCUUCUUCUCCUCCGACUCUUCAAAUCCGUAACGGCCCCAAAGUGCCGACAGCCAUCGUCCUUCUCUCUUCCCGCUGUAUCUCACGACGUCAUUUUAGAAGAGAGCGAGUCUUCGGAGCAUGAAUGGAAGAAGGCCAAACGAUGUCGGAAAAUAACCUUCGAUCUCUCAAUGCACCAUCGGGAUAAUGAACUUUCUCACCUGUGA